AUGUCAAAGAAACCCUCGUCCCUUCUCACAGCCGCCAUCGAAUCAGCCACGCCGCAAUUCGUCAAAGACUUUAUAAGGAAUCGACAAUUUGAGAACACAAUGAACAAGUCCGACAACACCACCGACGAGGUGGAAGAUCUGACGGAAACCAUCAGCUGGCUGGACGGAAACAACCACCGCUUUGGAGCACUCGUACACAACGUUCUAACUCCUCAAGAAUGCCAAACGUUGAUGGAUCGUUCCGAACAAGUUGGCUAUGAACAAGCCUUGGUCAAUGUGGGAGGUGGCCGGCAGGUCGCCAUCGGCGAAGUCCGAAACAAUGACAGAUGCAUCAUUGACGAUCCCGACUAUGCCGAAAUGCUGUAUCAACGACUCCUCUUGAAAUUACAGGAUCAUCCUAACGUACUGGGUCCCAUGCUGAACUGGAAACAUCUCGACAAGCAAUAUGCCGUGGGCCUCAAUGAACGCCUCCGCAUUCUUCGGUACGACCCCGGCACCUACUUUGCGCCUCACUCGGAUGGGUACUAUGUCCGACGGAACGAAGCCGGACCCAGUCGCCGUGGCGAAACCUCCCGCGUGACACUACUCUUGUAUCUCAAUGAAGGAUACCAAGGUGGGAAUACCCGCAUGCUUCGCACCUUCAACCCUAGCAGCAAGGGACGCGACAUUGUCCCGCGGGCCGGUUCGGUUCUCUUGUUUGAGCACGAAUGUUUGCACGAAGGAGUUACACUGGAAAAGGGACGAAAGUAUGUGGUGCGCACCGACCUCAUGUACAGCGAGAAAGGCCCGGGGAACGAGUAUUCCAAGGGACUGUAUCAGGACAAACAGCCAGCCCAAGGGGCUCCAGAUAGAUAA